UAUAAUUUGAAUAUGAAUGUUGUUUUAUAUUCCAAAUUCGCAAAUUACCUGACAACAAUUUUACUUAUUCGUAAAUUUACUUAAACAUGUUUAAUAUGUCAACAUCAUACUGAGACUUCAAAAAAGCUAUUACCUUAUCACAUCAUCUAAGAGAAAACAGUACUGUCAGCAACAGUUAUUUUCUUCCACAUCAAAUUCACACCAUCAUUUAAAUAACUUGUGAAAACUCAAACAAGAAGACUCAAAAAGUAAUGAAAACUGCAACGUAACUAAAAAGUUGCUUAAAUCGUAUUCAAAUACUCGGACGGGAACCAUUGAUCAGUAUGAAUCGUCGUCGGGUGGAAAGUCCUUACGUAUCAGUUCCUCUGGUGAAUGGAUCGAGUGGGGGAGGGGCUGAAGAUAUGGGGCAGUCGGGCAGGAUUAACAGACAGAGAAGGAGGAGUUCAGGCGGUCAAGUAGGCCAUUUGAGGAGUCUGGACAAGGCCAAAAUUACAGACGACAUCUACAAGUCGAUGAUCCAACAGCUGUUUCCGACAACUGGCAGAUUUCUGGACGCAGGAAAACAGCUGGACAUGGCUUUCAUACAGCUGCACCACAGUUCCAAGACGUUCUUCGAGGUGUUGGGGCGAGCGGGGGACUGUGCUAUGGGCAGUGCAGUGUCCUCUGACUUGGCAGAUACCCUCAUUGACAUUUCGGACACAUACUUGCAUCUCAUAGAGACAGUCUGCGCUGAGAUGCCGAGUGUGAAGGGGGAGUUGGGGGAAGUGGUGGGGAGGAGGGUGCAGCUGGUGGGCAAGGCAGCCCCCACCGCCCUCAAACAACACCACAACAUGGUCAAAGAGAAGAGCGAGGCAUGUAUUUCCACUAGUUUAACAUCUGCCAUUUGCACUAAAAUGGUUAUAUUUGAUAAUACUUUUGAAGAAUAUAAUUUUAAGAAAGAUUGA